AGAGUUUUCUUUCCAAACUUGUUCCUGACUUCCAAGUGACGAAAUCAGAUGUAAUUUGAGAGCCCCGAGAUACUCGGGAUAUCUUUAGCCAAAGGAAAGGCUGUGUAUUCCCACCCAGUCCGGGCGUUGAAAUAGUGUCAGAACGCAAGAGCUUUUCUCUCUAGCUACGUGCUCGGUCUUCCUGGAGCCAGAGGCAAAUCCGUGUAGGGCUACAGAGCCAGCGGGGUGCAGGAGCCCUGGUUCACACCCGGCCUGGCGAUCCAACUGGGGAAAGCCGAGGUCCAGGCUCCUGCCAGGGGAGGGAAACCACAGCCAGCGCGGUGCACGAGCGCUUUCAUCAUCUCCCUACCCAGCCGCUGCUGUGCAGAGCCACAUGAAGCCUGCGGGGGAAGAGGGGUCAGUGUGCAGCAAGCCUGCUGCGACUGAGGAGGGCGCUGUCUCUGGGAGCCACUGACGCCCAAGGGGAACCCAUUUUCCUUGUUCCUAGACAGAAACUCUUCUCCCGGGACCCCUGGUUAUCCUCACUAUCCAGAAUGGUGUUCCUGAAGUUCCUCUGGCUGGGUUUCUUCUGCCACCUGUGUCGGGGCUACUUUGAUGGUCCGCUAUACCCAGAAAUGUCCAAUGGGACUCUGCACCACUACUUCGUUCCGGACGGGGACUAUGAGGAGAACGAUGACCCAGAGAAAUGCCAGCUGCUCUUCAGAGUGAGUGACCGCCGGCGCUGCUCCCAGGGAGAAGGGGGUCAGGCCAGUAGCUUCCUGAGCCUCACCCUCCGAGAGGAGUUCACAGUGUUGGGCCGCCAGGUGGAGGAUGCUGGGCGCGUCCUGGAGGGCAUCAGCAAGAGCAUCUCCUACGACCUGGACGGGGAAGAGAGCUAUGGCAAGUACCUGAGGCGGGAGUCCCACCAGAUCGGGGAUGCCUACUCCAACUCCGACAAGUCCCUCACUGAGCUGGAAAGCAAGUUCAAACAGGGCCAGGAGCAGGAUAGCCGGCAGGAGAGCAGGCUCAACGAGGACUUUAUGGGGAUGCUGGUCCACACCAGGUCCUUGCUGAAGGAAACGCUGGACAUCUCUGUGGGGCUGCGGGAUAAAUACGAGCUGCUGGCGCUCACUAUCAGGAGCCACGGUACCCGGCUAGGUCGACUGAAAAACGACUAUCUUAAAGUAUAGGUGGAAGAGCUCAAAUGUCAAUCAGAGGGAACCAAGUCUGCCCUGUUGUGGAGGGUGGGGGACAGAGGACGGGCUAAAUCUCCCUUAAAACUAUUUUUUUAUAUCCAGACUUGCACUUUCAGAAUGAAUGUGAGGUCAUCUUUUUAAAAAAGGAAAAUUUUUAAGAGGUUGAGCUCUGGGUGUGGUUUUAGUUUUGUACAUUAUUUAUGUUGUUACGGAAUUCUUACCAGUAAAGAGCAAUUUUCAAGUAAUUCCCGGGGUCUUUCCUAGAGGUCUUUAUAAUCCUGCAGAUAACUUCGUCUAAGAGAUGUGUUUUGUGUGAAGGUGAAGGGACCCAUUCAACUGCCUCAUCCUGGAGAUAGUGUGGCUCUAUACGGAGGAGCACAGUGGAUAGCGCCACGCACAUUCAGCCUUCUCCUUUAGGAUCUGAGGUGCCUGUUAUUCAAAAGAGGUCCAAGGUGUUGCUGCAUUGCAUGCCUGCCAACCCAUAGAAGUAGUUUGCUUUGCCUUUUCUCUCUUAUUUAUUUACCAUGGUCUGAGUUGCUUCCCUUUUGUUGUAAGAGUGUUAUGGAGACGUUCUAUGCAAAUCACCUUCUAGGAAGAUUUGCAAGUUUCCCCUGUGGGAUUGUGUAAAUUCAGGAAGGAGUGUUUAAGAAAUCAAAGCUUUGCCAUGGUUGCCCACUGGUACUGAUGCAGAUUUGUUGUCUUUCACCAUAUGUUUCUGCUUUACCUUCAAAGGAACAGAUUAUUUGAUGAUAUCCUUCAAAUGCCUGUGAUGUACAUUUCUAGUCUAUUCUUUCUUCUUGGAGGAUAUUGCUUCUUUUUUAUUGAAAACAUGUAUUUCAAUGGGGGGAGGUCUAAUUCUAGUAAUUCCUUACCCAAGCUUUAUUAUCCAGCCAAUAAAUAUGUUUUCACAUGA